AUGCAGAGGAACAGAAAGGAAGAUCUAAAAAUGCAAAAGCAAAAAUAUAUGGAGGAGCUCAUAUAAGAAAUUGAGAGGAAGAAUUAUGAAUAAAAAAGACUAGAAGAUAUAAGACAGUAAAAAGUAAACAAAAUUAAGGAGAAGAAUGAUAGAUUAUCAGACAUAUUGAUGAAUUAUGAGAUAAAAUAGCUAGAAACAUUGUAACAUAAAUAAACAAAGGCGGAGGUUAAGAGAGAACAAAGAUUGAAUUCAAUAUACAAAAAAAUUAAUCAUAAAGAGGAAUUAUUUCAAAAGAAUGAAUAGUAAAAGCAUAUGAAUCUCUUGAUUACCUAGGAAAAUUUCUAGUUGAAGGUGAAAAAUAAAGAGAUUAACAAGGAAAGAUAGAAGAGAAAGGAGGAUUAUUAAAAAGCAUUGUAUAAGCAAAAACUAAAAGAAGAUGAUGAGAAGUACUAAUCAUUUAAGGAAUCUAAAUAAAAAGAGAUUUAAGAAAAGAUAAAGUUGCAAGUUAAAAAUGAAUAAGAAAAGCAUAUGCUUCAAGAAGUCAUAUAGGAUAUGUUUAUUAAGAAUCAGUAUGACAUUGAAGCACUAGAGGAAAAAGCAAAAAUUAUAGAAAGUAAUUAGUCACUUAUAAGUCAGAGACAAAAAGCUAAUCAAAGAAGAUCACAGUCCUAACAUAAAAUUGUUAUUUCAAAAGAAUCUCUAACUUGGAUGGUAGAUGUAGAGCCUAAACAUUCUAGUGAAUACAUCAAAUAUGGCCUGGAGUAUCUACAAUUUCCAAAAAUUUGCAAAACUUGUGAGAAAGAUAUUUCUAAAGAGAAAAUCUACCUUUGUAUCUUUUGCGACCUUAUAUGCUCUUUUUGCGAAAGAUGUGGAGGUCCAGGAAAAAAUGAGGAGCCACAUCUACAUCCGACAAUGAGCUUAAUUCAAGACUUUGACAAAUAUUCAGAGAUUUUAAUUAAUCCCAAUAAUUGCCAGGUUGGUGAAAUAGACAGCACAAAAGAGUGGAAUAGAGAGUGCUACUCUUGUAACAAACUUAUUAAAACAACAAUCGAUGCGAUGAUAUGUUACGAAUGUGAAUUCAGACGGCCCCCUGACUCACUGAAAAAUGGUCUUUCAGAUGCAGCUUACAUGAAGCUUGAAAAUGAUGGAAUGAGAUUCUGUCGCCAAUGCGACAAUAUGCUUUAACCAAAGGAAUAAGUCAUUGGAGAUGAACAAAUAGGACAGCUCAUCUACUAUUGCAGAAUUUGCGGAGAGAAUGAGAGAGCCAACCCCCGAAGUGAGACUGAGAACUGUGUAUACAAGAGCGAAUAGAGCAAGACUGAUAACUUCAAAAUUGAUGUAGAAUGUAUUAAAGAUCCAUGUCUCUCUAGAAGAAUUGGAAAGGAAUGUGCUAAGUGUGGCAACAAGGAGGCUGUUACUUUUACAAACCCAACUAAAGAUAGAAUGAAUCUUAUUUUCGUUUGCACCUAAUGUACUUAUUAUUGGAAGAAGGAAGAACUCGAUGAGGGUGAUGUUCUAUCUGGAGGUGAAUCAGAUUGA